GGAGGAUCCCGAGGAGGAAGCAGGAGGAGGAUCCCGAGGAGGAAGCGUGCGGCGGGAGCUGAGGGCGGCAGGCAGCCAUGGAGGCGCUUGCGGGAGUGCCUGUGGCCAUCGCCGUGGCCGUGGUGGCGGCGUCCGCCCUGCUGCUGCUGCUGUUGCGAGGGCCGGCUCGGAGGCCGAGCGGCCCCGUCACCCUGCAGGACCCGCUGGCCAAGUACCCGCUGCGGCUGCUGGACAAGGAGGAAAUCAGUCACGAUACUAAGAAAUUCAGAUUCGGGCUACCCUCAACAAAUCAUGUAUUAGGACUACCUGUAGGCCAACACGUUUACCUUUCUGCAACAAUUGAUGGGAGCCUGGUGAUUCGAGCCUAUACCCCUGUUUCCAGUGAUGAGACAAAAGGUUAUGUUGAUUUAAUUAUAAAGGUCUACCACAAAAAUGUGAACCCCAAGUUUCCAGAAGGUGGGAAGAUGUCCCAGUAUCUAGACAACAUGAAGAUUGGAGAUACCAUUGAUUUCAGAGGGCCAAAUGGACUGCUGGUCUACAAGGGGACAGGUACCUUUCUGAUCAAGCCUAAUAAGAAAUCUGAAGCAGAGAAGAAGUUUGCAAAGCACCUUGGGAUGAUAGCUGGAGGAACAGGAAUAACUCCUAUGCUGCAGCUGAUCCGCCAGAUCACAAGUGAUCCUAAGGACUCCACAAAAUGUUACCUUCUUUUUGCUAAUCAGACAGAAAAUGAUAUAUUGCUGAGAGCUGAGCUAGAAGACAUUGCCAAGAGACAUCCUGAGCAGUUUGUGCUGUGGUACACACUGGACAGACCUCCAAAAGACUGGAAGUACAGCUCUGGCUUUGUCACUGCAGACAUGCUGAAAGCCCACCUGCCUCCCCCUGGCAGUGACACCCUCAUUCUCAUGUGUGGGCCACCACCAAUGAUUCAGUUUGCCUGUCAGCCCAACCUGGACAAGCUUGGCUAUCCCAAGAGCUGUACAUUUGCUUAUUAACAAUGAUGUCACCUAAUAACCUUUUCUGGAAUGACUGCAUAUUUUUCUACAGGAGCAGUUGAUGUGCAACUGUGCAGUGUGUGUGUGUGUGUUUUAACCCCUUGAUGUAAUUUCUGUGGUUUAUAACUUCAUAACCACCUUGUGUGUUUUAACACUAAGAAAUUGAGAAAUCAUCUUGAA